GAUGCACUAAACUUUAGUUGCUUGAAAAUAUACUCAUCAAAACUCUCUGUGUGCAUGGAAAACCCCAAGCCAAGUAUUUGCUUGAAGCUCCUUGUCGAUACAAAGCGUCAACGAGUUCUCUUUGCUGAAGCUGGCAAAGACUUUGUGGACUUUCUCUUCACACUCCUGUCUUUGCCCAUUGGCACUGUCAUCGGGCUCCUUCCCAAAGAUGGCAUGGUUGGCUCGUUAGGCAAACUUUACGGCAGUGUCAAGAGCCUAAGCAGCACAUACAUGCAACCUUACUUUAACAAGGAAUCCCUCCUGAAACCUAAGGCAACAGCAACGAUUGGUGUUGGUGCCGAUGUCCUUCAUAUGCUGAUGAUAGACGACUCCACUGCUGAAAAGUCAUUCUAUUAUUGUGAUUGUCGUAGUCGCGGCCAACAAAGGUACUGCUACAACGGAUCCAGUGGAAAUCCAACAGUUGUAACGGACAACCCUGAAGCAAUUUGUCCACACUGCAUUUCAAGCAUAAAUACCAAGGCGACUUUUGUCCAUGGAUCCGCUGCUGAAAGCAGAACGUCCGGCGAGGGAGGGUAUGUGAAAGGUGUUGUCACGUAUAUGAUUAUGGAUGACUUGGAAGUGCAGCCUAUGUCUACCAUUUCAGGCAUAACCAUGCUUAACAGGUUCAACGUCAGGGAUGUCGGUGCCCUUGAAGAGAAGGUGGUCCAUCUUACCAUGGAAGAGGGUCUCAAAUUGCUGAGGGCAUCGUUGCACUCAAACUUGGUCCUGACCACCGUGUUCCUUGGUACGAAAGAAGCGUGAACACCUCAACUUUAUUUGCACUUCAACUGAAAGUAUUGUGGAAUAGACAGUCUGAAUCUUCUACGAGGUGUUUGUUUCUGAAUGAUAUUUUGUUUUGCAUAUCUAGUAAUGUAAUGUAAUGACCUACGUAGUUUAGGGUUCCAAACUUUUUAGAUGUUAUGUAAUGACCUACGUUUAAAGUUUAAACAUAGGAGAGAUGUUUUGACGAACCUAAUAUAUAUAUUUUUAUUUUAAACUAGUGUAUCCGAGUCUUUGACUCGAAUAAUCACUAGGUUCCUCAUUU